UUAUAAAGAUUCCAAAUGGAGUCGAACAGACCAAGCGCGUCAUGCAAUCAGACUUGAGAUGUACCAGGUACAGGGCUGUGCUCAGUACCCGAACUGGAUGCCUUUGAAGUGACUUGUGAUUCCUUAUCAAGCGUCCACCCAAGCCUGUCUUAGAGAUAUCUACAAGAUGGCUUCUAAAAGCCUAAUUUGUAAACGAAUCCUAUAGUCAAGAAGAUUCUCUAAAAAGUUACUUAAUUACAACAAGAUUAUAGUAUUCUUCUGUCUUAUAUCUGAGUAGAACUGCAUUAAACUAUGGAUCCCAGUUUUAUUAUGACAACAUUAUAUUCCCUAAAGAUAAAGAAUAUGAACUUUCAUUACCUUAGAUGCAUGAAAGCAUAGCCAUGCUCACUGACCCCAAUAUAGAUACAUUGAGUGAAGAAAAUGAAAAGAUCAGAGAAACAGAGGAACAGAUCGAGCAAGAAUCUGAAGAGAUUAAUGCCCAGCUAUCCGAGGAUGUUUGUUUUAAAAUACUUAAACCAAAUUUUAAAUCAGGGGCAUUAAAAGGAAUAGAUAUUGUUUCUCGAUUGUUACUGAGAAUUGAAAUUAGAGCAGACUAUUUCUAAGACAAAGAUGCCUGUGAUCCCUCAAAUUGUACUUAUUCAAGUUGAUCUUAAAAAUAAAUAUACCUGAAACCUUGUUACCAGCUCUAUUCCAACUGCUACUGAGAGGUUCAGUAUAUCCAAAAUGGGAAGAGGGAAGGAUCUUAGAUAUUUGGAUCCUCUCUUCAGUACUUCUCGAGCCACACCAAAACAAUUUGUCAUGCAUGGUUUAAAAAAGUAUCCACGGAAAGCAGUUGAAGAUAUUAUUGUCAUCACACAAGCAUAGCGAGUCCUUAGAAAUCUUCAAUUCUACAUUCUCUUUGCUAAGUGAUCUUGAUUUUUCAGAAUGAUUCAGAGGAACGACUCUCAAAAGACUCAUCUUUACACAAUGAGAGAUGGUCAACCCUGGUGAUCAGGAUGAAACCUACAGUAAGCUUGAAAGCUUUGUUUCAGGUUUGGCUAAAUCCUCUGAUCUUAUGAAGACCCUCUGGAAACUCAAUAUCCAAAGUGGAGUCUAUUCUGUUAAAUUCACUCAAGAUAUUCUGGCGAAAUACGGAUUCCCUCA